AUGGGCCUUCUCGACGAGAAACACAGCUCGACCGAGGAGAAGUCUUCAGCACCAGACACAGAACGCGGCCAGAUCCUAACUCCAGAAGUGCUUCGAGAAGCCGCGGAUCGACGCACCAGCAUAGUGACCAAGGAUGGCAAGGCUGUGAACGCUGCCGGCUACCAGGAUCAACUGCAACGACAAUAUGGUUUACUGUCAAUUUGUGGCCUGGCGUUGACGAUUGACAAUGCCUGGGUGGCUUUUGGUGGAUCUCUAUCUAUUGCAUUCUUGAAUGGUGGUCCGGCAGGAAUAUUGUAUGAGUUCAUCGUGGCUUGCGUCUACUAUGGAUUCAUCGCAGCGUCAAUCGCCGAGCUUGCAUCAGCCAUACCAUCAUCAGGCGGUGUCUACCACUGGGCCUCUGUAACACCAGGGCCAAGAUGGGGUCGCGUAGUAGGCUUCUUCUGCGGUUGGCUCAACUUCUUCGGCUGGAUCUUCGACGUCGCUGCGAUCGUCACCAUCCCGGCCAAUGUUUCAGUCCAGAUGUACGCUGUUUUCCACCCCGACUUCACACCACAACCGUGGCAUACCUUCGUCUCAUUCGUCUUGAUCACAUGGCUUUGCACUGCUUUUGUGAUCUUCGGAAACAGGCUACUGCCGAAGAUACAGCAUGUUGGUCUCUUUCUGGUCAUCGUGGGAGGUCUGGUGACAAUUAUCGUUUGCGCGGCCAUGCCUAAGCAACAUGCGAGCAGCCAGGAAGUUUGGGGCAAUUUCGAUGAGAAUAAUCUGACAGGCUGGAGCUCGGGUGUUGCUUUCUUGACUGGUGUGUUGAAUGGCGCCUUCACUAUUGGUACUCCAGACGCCGUCACACACAUGGCAGAAGAGUUGCCAAAUCCCAAGGUCGAUCUGCCAAAGGCUGUCUUCGCUCAAGUCGGUCUUGGCUUCCUUACGACUUUCCUCUUCGGCAUCGCCAUCUUUUACGGCAUCAAUGACCUUUCAGCCAUCACUGGAAGCUCGGCAGCGUUCCCACUUGCAGCAGUGUACCAGCAAGCCACAGGUAGUCCUGGAGGCGCAUUUGGUCUGCUACUCAUCUUGUUCCUUUCGGUUUUGAUCUGCAGUAUCGGCACAAUCCUCAUGGUCGGACGACUUUGGUGGGCGCUGGCUCGCGAUAACGCCACACCCUUCGCAUCGUACUUUGCUCACGUCAACACGAAGUUGUCAUGCCCAGUACAAGCAACGGUGCUCUGCGCUGUCUUGACGACCGCUUUCGGUGCUAUCCAGCUGGGAUCGAAAACUGCGUUUACGGAUCUGGUUGGCAGCUUCAUCAUUCUUACCACCAUUUCUUACUUCUUGGCUUUCUUCCCGCAUAUUCUGACCAAGCGACGCAAUGUUCCUCCUGGACCAUUCUGGAUGGGCAAAUGGGGAUACGCUGUCAACGGCAUCUCAUGUCUGCUGAUCGUGUUCUUCAACAUUAUGUUCUGCUUCCCUUUCGGGUACCCUGUGGACCCUAUCAGCUUGAUGAAUUGGAAUUCCGUCAUCCUGGUCGGAUGUCUACUGCUCACAACGAUAUGGUGGUUCGUUCACGGCCUGAGGAAGUAUCCUGGACCGAAGCUUGCUUCGUUGUACAUAGAGGGAAUAGAUGAGUAA